AUGGCUGAGAGUGGUGAAAGCGGAGGCCCUGCGGGCUCGCAGGAUGGCGCCGCCGCGGCCGAAGGUGCUGGCGCCGCCGCUGCCGCCGCCGCCGCCGCGGCGGAGCCCAAGAUCAUGAAAGUCACCGUGAAGACCCCGAAGGAGAAGGAAGAGUUCGCCGUGCCCGAGAACAGCUCGGUCCAGCAGUUCAAGGAAGAAAUCUCCAAACGUUUCAAAUCACAUACUGACCAACUUGUAUUAAUAUUUGCUGGAAAAAUUUUAAAAGAUCAAGAUACUUUGAGUCAACAUGGAAUUCAUGAUGGAUUUACUGUUCACCUUGUCAUCCAGACGCGAAACAGGCCUCAAGAUCAUUCAGCUCAGCAAACAAACACCACUGGAAGCAAUGUUACUACAUCAUCAGCUCCUAAUACUAACUCCACCUCUGGUUCUGCUACUAGCAACCCUUUUGGUUUAGGUGGCCUCGGAGGACUUGCAGGUCUGAGUAGCUUAGGUUUGAAUACUACCAACUUCUCUGAACUGCAGAGUCAGAUGCAGCGCCAACUUCUGUCCAACCCAGAGAUGAUGGUCCAGAUCAUGGAGAAUCCCUUCGUCCAGAGCAUGCUUUCAAACCCUGAUCUGAUGAGGCAGUUAAUCAUAGCCAACCCACAGAUGCAGCAGUUGAUACAGAGAAACCCGGAGAUUAGCCAUAAACUGAAUAAUCCAGACAUAAUGAGACAAACACUGGAACUUGCCAGGAAUCCAGCAAUGAUGCAGGAGAUGAUGAGAAACCAGGAUCGAGCCUUGAGCAACUUAGAAAGUAUUCCAGGGGGUUACAAUGCUCUACGUCGCAUGUACACGGAUAUUCAGGAGCCGAUGCUGAGUGCUGCACAAGAGCAGUUUGGUGGUAAUCCAUUUGCUUCCUUGGUAAGCAAUACAUCCUCAGGUGAAGGUAGUCAGCCUUCUCGGACAGAAAAUAGAGAUCCAUUACCCAAUCCUUGGGCUCCGCAGGCUUCCCAGAAUUCAUCAGCUUCAAGCGGCACCACCAGUGCUGUGGGUGGCACUGCUAGUAAUGCUGCCAGUGGCACUGCUGGGCAGAGUACUGCUGUGCCAAAUUUGGUACCAGGAGUAGGAGCUAGUAUGUUCAACACACCAGGAAUGCAGAGCUUAUUGCAACAAAUAACUGAAAACCCACAACUUAUGCAAACUAUGUUGUCUGCCCCCUACAUGAGAAGCAUGAUGCAGUCACUAAGCCAGAACCCGGACCUUGCUGCACAGAUGAUGCUGAAUAAUCCCCUAUUUGCUGGAAAUCCUCAGCUUCAAGAACAAAUGAGACAACAGCUCCCAACUUUCCUUCAACAAAUGCAGAAUCCUGAUACACUGUCAGCAAUGUCAAACCCUAGAGCAAUGCAGGCCUUGUUACAAAUUCAGCAGGGUUUACAAACAUUAGCAACAGAAGCCCCUGGCCUCAUUCCAAGGUUUACUCCUGGCCUGGGGGCCUUGGGAAACACUGGAGGCUCUUCAGGAACCAAUGGAUCUAACACUACAGCCAGUGAGAACACAAGCCCCACAACAGGGACCACCGAACCUGGCCACCAACAGUUUAUUCAGCAGAUGCUGCAGGCUCUUGCUGGAGUAAAUCUUCAGCUGCAGAAUCCAGAAGUCAGAUUUCAGCAACAACUGGAACAAUUCAGUGCAAUGGGGUUUUUGAACCAUGAAGCAAACUUGCACGCGCUAAUAGCAACAGGAGGUGACAUCAACACAGCUAUUAAAAGGUUACUGGGCUCCCAGCCAUCAUAG